UCAUUCAACGACGAGUGCAUUAACAGCUUCAUAGACCUCAUCAUACAACUCUUGAUAGUUGCUGUUUGGCCGAACAAGAAGUACAAUGGCUGGUCGCCGGUGACCUGCUGCUAAACCCAGCUGCUCACGGGAUGGUGUGAAAGCGUAUGGUAUCUCAUGUUCCUCACAUAAUGCAGGAAUAUGCGAAUAGACAUCUAUUGGAGACACAUUACCUGCGAGGAUCAUGAUACCCUUUUCUUUUUUCCGUAUCGCCUUCUGAACAUCUUUCAAACCUUGCCGAAGAUAAUGUUGGUGUUUAGCUGACUUCCUCACCAGUUUAUACAAUUUCUUCGCCAAUUUCCUAUUUGCUAACGGUUUCGCUAUUGCAUUCACCAAAGAACAAAGGUGUUCGUACUCUUCUUUGGCAGUUGAUGGAGCAUCCACUAAAGCACUUUCAUUCAAAGAAGCAUCAGCUAUGCUUUCUUCUCCAUUUCGUUUUCCCAUUUUGUCGGAGAACUUUAUAGAGUUGACAGACGUACUGAUGGGCCCUCCACCGUAACUUCCCUUCUUCUUUUUCGUCUUCUCGUGCCGGAAUCCUUUGCCUUGCACUUUACUUAGUGCCUCAUGUGCUUUAGCUCCCCACUGGUCGUGCGACCUGUCGUAAGAGUUAUCUUUGAACUUUUCUGGUAGAGAAUCCUUUGUUAUUGUUACACGGCGGAAUGGCUCGUUGGAUUUCCUUCUGCAAAAACAUACUCAAGAAGAGCAAAGAAGAUGAGUUCAAAAACAAUAACCUUUGUUGCAGGUUCAUCAUCAGAGUCUGAACUACUCGAUGAUGCCGCUGCUUUCUUCGUUGCUGGUGUGGCGACUUUUGGGGUGACCUUAGCUGGCGUUUUCUUUGCUACAUUUGCAGCGGGCUCAUCAUCAGAGUCUGAAGCGCUAGAUGAUUCUGCUGCUUUCUUUGACGCCGUAGUUGCAGUUUUUGGGGCUGGUUUAGCAGGUGUUUUCUUAGCAGCGGGUUCCUCAUCAGAGUCGGAACUGCUCGACGAGGAUGCGUUUUUCUUUGCUGAUGUAGUGGUAGUUGUUUUCGGGGUUGAUUUAGCAGGUGUUUUCUUCGUUGUAGGUUCAUCAUCAGAAUCAGAACUGCUCGACGAGGUUGCUCUCUUCUUCGCCGACGUAGUGGUAGUGGUUUUUGGCGCUAGUUUAGCAGGUGCUUUCCUCGCUGCAGGUUCAUCAUCAGAGUCAGAACUGCUAGAUGAGGUUUCUGCCUUUUUCGUUGCUGGUGUGACAGGUUUUCCACCAGGUUUGGCUAACGUUUUCUUUGCUGCAGGCUCAUCAUCAGAGUCAGAACUACUCGAUGAUGCCGCUGCUUUCUUCGACACUGGAGCGACAGGUUUCUGCGCUGCUUUGGCUGGUGUUUUCUGCAAAAAAAAACUGCUAAGAGACGAAAACCAAAAGUUCAGGGUAAAGCGAACCUUUGUAACAGGUUCGUCGUCAGAGUCGGAGCUGCUAGAAGAAGUAGCUGCUUUUUUUGACGCCGGAGUGACAGGUUUCGGUGCUGCCUUGGCUGGUGUUUUCUUUACUGCAGGAGCCUCAUCAGAAUCAGAACUACUCGAUGAUUCCGCUGCUUUCUGUGUCACCGAAGGUUUGGGAACUGGUUUGACAGGAGUUUUCUGCAAAAUCGCUGCGAUUGUGAGGGAAGAUUUGGAAUUCAUCAUAGCACAGUUAACCUUGGGUGGAACUUCAUCCUCAGAAUCGGAACUGCUCGAUGAGUCCGCUGCCUUCUUCGCUGCUGGUGCGACAGAUUUCGGAGUUGGCGCAGAUGGUGCUUUCUUUACUGCAGGUUCGUCAUCAGAAUCAGAGCUGCUCGAUGAUUCAGCUGCCUUCUUCGUUGCAGGCGUAGUAGGUUUAGGGACAGCCUUAGCCAGUGCUGUCUACAAAGACAUUGCUCAGAAAAAGAAAGCGGAGAAGUUCGAAUCAGAGCAAACCUUUGCUGCAGGUUCAUCAUCAGAGUCAGAACUACUCGACGAUUCUGCUGCCUUCUUGACCGCCGGUAUGCUUGCUUUUACAGCUGGCUUAGCCGGGGCUUUCUUCGCUGCAGGUUCGUCAUCAGAAUCAGAACUGCUCGAUGAUGCCGUUGCCUUCUUAGCCGCCGGUGUGCUCGUUUUCGAAGCUGGUUUAGUUGGCACUUUCUUUGUUGGAGGCUCAUCAUCGGAAUCAGAGCUGCUCGAUGAUGUUGCUGCCUUCUUCGUUGCUGGAGUGGCAGGUUUCGGAAGUGGCUUUGCUGGCGUUUUCUUUACUGCAGGUUCAUCAUCAGAAUCAGAGCUACUCGACGAUGCCGCUGCCUUCUUGGCCGCCGGUGUGCUCGCUUUCAAAACAGGCUUAGCUGGCGUUUUCUUUGCUGCGGGUUCAUCAUCAGAGUCAGAACUACUGGACGAUUCUGCUGCCUUCUUCGCUGCCGGUGCGCUUGUUUUCAGAACUGGCUUUGCUGGCGUUUUCUUUGCUGCUUCUUCUUCCUCGGAGUCAGAGCUACUCGAUGAUUCCGCUGCCUUCUUAGCUGCUGCGCUUGCUUUCAAGACUGGCUUAGCUGGUGCUACCUUCUUUGGAGGUUCCUCCUCGGAGUCAGAGCUACUAGAUGAUGCCGCUGCCUUUUUCGCCACUGGUAUAACAGGUUUAGGAGUUAACUUAGCUGGUGCUUUCUUCACAGGUUUUUUCUUUGUUGCCGCAUCAUCAGAAUCCGAAUCAGAUGAGGAUGAAGAAUCCGAUGAUUUGGCCUUACGCUUCAGCCCGUUCAUCAUAGGCUUUCCGUUCGGAACCUGUAAAAGCACCAAACGCAGAGCUAACAUUUCAAAUUCAGAGAAUGGACCACUGCACAGCUUUGAAGGUGCCACUAAUACUCUGUAG